CACCAACCCAUGCAACUCAUCACAAUACUAUUCAUUGCUCUCUCUAGCAGAAAAAAAAAAAACAUGGCUACCUAUGCCACCACCACCACCUUGUUCCUCCUCCUUGGCAUGGCCACCACCACCCUCUGCCUCCAAGAAAAGGGUGUCCUCAAAAUGGCUCAGAAUCAUGUCUCCGAAGCCAAAAACUGGGUUGCAAACGCUUUGACAUUGCAUGGCUUUGAAAGCCUAAGCCUAAGCCUUUCUCACCAAACAAGUGUUGUAGCCCUCAGAGACUGUUCCAAGCUCUAUGAGGAGAGUGAGUGUAGACUCUCUCACAUGAUGUCUCAGAACAGCACUUACACCAGAGAAGAUGCACUCACAUGGAUAAGUGCUGUGAUGACAAAUCACAGAACCUGUUUGGAUGGUCUGCAAGAAAAAGGGUAUGUUGAAGCUCAGAUUCUGGAGAGAAACUUGACCAUGUCGCUUAAGCAAGCUCUUAUGUUGUAUUCAAGGAAUAGAGUCAUAGCCAAAGGACCACCACUUGAAGGAACAAUAUCCAAAGGUUCUGGUAUUUUAGAAUCAUGGAACGAAGCAACCUAUCAGCCACAUUUCACAGUAGCACAAGAUGGUUCAGGAACACACAGAACAAUCCAAGCAGCAGUGAAUGCACUUGCUGCAAUGGGAAACAAUCGUCCUGCAAGAGCAAUCAUAUAUGUAAAAUCCGGGAUCUAUAACGAGAAGGUGAACAUUGGACAGAAUCUGCAUAACGUGAUGUUCGUAGGAGAUGGCAUAGACAAAACUGUCGUCACCGGCAACAAAAACGUGGUUCAAGGAUCCACCACCCUCGGCUCAGCCACAUUCGAUGUAUCAGGAGAUGGAUUUUGGGCGAGAGACAUGACAUUUGAGAACAGCGCAGGACCAGAAAAGCACCAAGCAGUGGCACUGAAGGUUAGUUCAGACUUAUCAGUGUUCUACAGGUGCAGCUUCAAGGGCUACCAAGACACUCUCUACGUGCUUUCAAACCGCCAAUUCUACCGUGACUGUCAGAUCUACGGCACCGUGGAUUUCAUAUUCGGUGAUGCUGCGGUGGUGCUGCAGAACUGUGACAUCUUAGUGAGGAAACCGAUGAGCCAGCAAUCGAACUUCAUCACAGCGCAAGGAAGAGAUGAUCCUAACAAGAACACGGGGAUUGUGGUCCAAAGUUGCAGGGUUAGAGCAGCAUCAGAUUUUGCGAGCGUGACGAGUUCGCACAAGACGUUCCUUGGAAGGCCGUGGAGGAAGUACUCGAGGACUGUGUUCAUGAGGAGUGAGUUGGAUGGGAUGAUUGCGGCAAAAGGGUGGGGUGAAUGGAGUGGAAGUUUUGCACUUUCGACGUUGUUCUAUGGAGAGUAUAUGAACACGGGAAGUGGUGCUUCUACGGUGAAUAGGGUGAGUUGGCCUGGUUUUCAUGUGCUGAGGAGUGGUGGUGAGGCAUCACCGUUCACGGUGAGAGAGUUUGUGCAAGGAGAAAGGUGGAUUCCUGCAACAGGGGUGCCAUACUCUUCUGGAAUAUGAGAAUGUUUCAUCUGUGUUGGUGUUGAUAUUAAUAAUGAAUAUGCUUGCACAGUUUGCAAUGCAUAUCAGAUAUAUAUACUGUCUUUUAAGAUGUUAUGGUCCCAGAUUCCAAAAGCUUGGUCCAUAUCAAUGUAUUUUGUAAUGGUCCAUAUAUGAAAUGAAAGAAAAUAUUAAUAUUAUUAUUAUUAUAUGGAAUAAAA